AUGGUGAAUGCGGCAGGAGGCAUAGUCAUCGCCAUUAUCGUGAUACUCAUCGUCGCUGGUGCGGGAUGGGUCAUCUUCACCCAACUGCGCGCUAGGCGCCUCGGCCUUCCGCCUCCCCCGUUAUCGUCCUACAUACCCUUCAUGAAAUCCAACAACUCCCCCUUCGAAGCCCGCCCCGCGCGAGGCGGCGUCGUCGGCUGGUUCAACGACCGCGUCCGCGACUUCAAGCACCGAAACAACCGGACGGCCCGCGGUGCAUACGAGCCCUCUGGCGGCCCUGCGCGAUCGGGCUUCGAUACCGAUGAUGCGUGGGACUCGCGCGUGCACGACGACUACGGGUACUACGAGGAGGCGGAGCUAGGAAAUACCAGCUACCGCGGAGGAGCCGCCAAUACCACUGCUCCGAGCGGCGGAAACCGUCUGGGUGAUGAUCUCGGCGAUAGCGGAUACGAGAUGAACAUCCCGAGGACUCCGGCGGCGAGGACGCCUGUGCAGGAGGAGAGGAGGGGAAGGCAGCCGGCGGAGAGGAAUCCAUUUGACGAUGAUGCGGAGCCGAGUAAUAUUAGCGUGAGGAGGAUGAGUCCUAGGCCGAUUGAUACGGGCGCGGGGAAACAGGGGAAGAAGGAUGACGACAGUCCGACUGAUAAUCGGAGGUCGGUGUUUAGGGAGGAUGUCUAG